AUGAGAUAUGAAACCUGCCUUAGUUGGUUUCGGAGGGCUUCAAAUGCCUCUCAAGCUGGUGUCAUAUUGGGUGUAUUACCUAUAGUUAUUUCGUGGAGGCUUUGGACUAGGAGAUGUAAGGCCCGUAUGGAAGGGAAGAUGGAAUCUGGUCAAAAAGUUCCAAUCAAGCAACAACAGAUUAAUUACAUAGCAUGGUCUAAGCCGGCUCAAGGCCGUGUGAAGCUAAACACGGAUGGUAGUAGUCUAGGGAAUCCAGGUGAGUCAGGGGCAGGAGGUGUGAUUCGGGAUAUGCAUGGGAGGUUGCUGUUAGCAUUUGCUAAGAAUCUCGGGUAUGGUAAUAGUACUUAUACGGAGUUAAGAGCGCUUUUGGAAGGUGUCAAACAUUGUAAGAACAUGAAUUUCAGUGCAGUUGAUAUAGAAAUGGAUUCUAAAGUGAUUCUGGCAUGGAAACCGUACAUCCAUAGGGAAGGAAAUGCUGUUGCGGAUUGGUUAGCUAGAAGGGGAGCAAGUGAUGGUGAUGUGGAAUGA